AUGAUUGUGGAAACACACACGGCACCAGAGUCUGCGAUGGGUGCCAAGCGCGCAUUCAGGGAACCGGAUACAAGUGUCUUGACUGUCCGGACUUCGAUUAUUGCCAUGGAUGGAUGCAUAAGAAGCAGCGCCGCAGAUCACGACGCCAUCCGUUGGUUUGAGCUCUUCAACAACAAACCUGUCUACUUUGCUUCUGGCGAUUUCACAACAGACAUGAAUCCCUCCCACCUGUCUGAUCCGUGCCGAUGCGUUUCUGUCUCAGCGCACUUCUUCGUCAUGGACUCGAAUGGCGUUCUAGUGGAUGCCGCCUAA